AUGGCGCACAACUACAUCGACACGCCGGGCAGCGAGCGCGGUAGGAACAACACGUUCAUGUCGAGUCCCGCCAAACACAUCGAUCUCUCCUUCGCACAGCCGUUCGCCUCGCCGUCGAAGAAUCCCGCCCAAGAUCUGCGCAACCAGAUGCGAGGACUGCGCGGAGCUCCACCGCCAACCCGGACACCGCGACCGCGGACUGCCUUGGUCGACAAGCGCAAUCCGGGCGGCAAGCAGGAGUUCACGCCGCUGCUGAAGAGCGCCAAGCGGAACCAGCUGCUGCAGCAGAGCGUGUUGGAGGACAAGGAGAACACGGCGGAUCUGAAGACGCCGCACGGUCUGCGACAGAGCUACCGCGGUCGCACACCUGGACCGCCCAUCUCGAGCUCGAUGCUGGAUGAGGAGACGGGACGCUCAGCAGACCGAGAAGCCACUCCUAUUGCGCCGCAAGCUGCGAGUUCGUCGAUGAUCGACUCGACCCCCAUACCACAACUACCGGACAGACACAAGCCUGGUGUGCUGGAGCAGGGAAACGCCCUUACCUUGCGCGACCAGGAAGCCAAGCUCGACCAGAUUCAGAAGGACAACUUCGGCCUGAAGCUGAAGAUCCACUUUCUCGAAGAGGCACUGCGGAAGACGGGCAACGAGUACCACCGGCAGACAUUGAGGGAGAACGUCGAGCUCAAGACUGAGAAGGGCUCCAUACAGCUGGACCUGAAGAAGCACAGAAAACGCGUGCAAGAGGCGGAGCGGCAGCUGGAGGAGUACAGGGUGCUCUUGAAAGAAUACCAAGAGAAGGUCAAGAAGCGACACACCACCGAACGCGACCAGGAAGAGUUCGAUCGUUUGCAGAAGAUGGCGGAAGAGUCACAGAAGAUCGCCGACGAUCGUGAGCAAGAAUUGGAGACCAUGCGCGAGAAGCUGGACCAGGCCGAGCAGCUCCAGAACAGUGGCGACGAUGCGGACAAGCUGAAGGAGCAACUGCAAGAUCUCGAGCAGGAUAUUCGCGAUCGUGAUCGCGAGCUUGACGAAAAGGAUGCCAAGAUCGAGGAAAUGCAAGACAAGCUGGACGAGGCCGCACGUUCGACAGACGACUCCGACGAGGUACAGCGACUGAAGGACGAGUUGCGAGAAUGGGAGCAAGAUGUGCAGGAGCGCGACCGUCAGCUGGAGGAGAAGGAUGAGAGACUGGCGAAGCUCAAAGAUCAGGUGAAAGCACUCCAGGCGGACAAUGCGAAUGUCGACAAUAUGCAGAAAGACAUUGAAGAGAUGGAUGCUGAGCUGCGAGAGAAAGACGACGAGCUUGCCCAGAAGAAGAGACAGAUAUCUGAGCUCCAAGAACAAGUCAAUGGCUCCUACGAUCGCGAAAAGUCAACGAAGAAGCUGCGGAGUGAUGUGUCUGAUCUGGAGACCAAGCUCAGAGAAAAGGAGCAGAAUCUGGAUGAGAGCAGGGAGCAGAUUCGUGGCCUCGAGAAGCGGCUUCAGUCUGCAGAGUCUGCCGGUUCUGACCUUCGACACAAGGACGACGAGCUUCGUAAUGCUCAACGCGAGCUCGCGGACAAAGAUGGCGAAAUCCGAGCUCUACAGGAACGAGUACAGACUGCACGUGGCAGCUGGGAUGCUGAAGCUCGCCAAGUCGAUGAGCGCAUGCAGGAGAAGGAUCGCGUCAUCCGGGAGAAGGAGAGCCUGCUACGAGACAAAUCACGAGUGAUCGAGGAGCGAGAUGAAGAGCUGGCCGAUCUCGAAAAGCGCGUCCGCACCGCAGAGCAUGCUCGUGAUGAAGCGCUUCGCAAGCAGAGUUCGGGCGUCCGUGAGCUGCAAGACCAGGUCAACGAAAUGCAAGAGAAGCUGCGUGUGGCAUCAGCUUCUUCACAGGCCAAGCUCAACGAGAAGGACGGUCUCAUUCAAGCACGAGAGACGGAGAUGCAAGCAUUGCAGGAUCGCCUCAGUAGUCUGCAGUCGGGUGAUAAUGCUGAACUUCGCAAGAAGCUUGAGCAGAUCCAACGACUUGAGAUGGAGCUGCAGAAUAAGGAGCGUGACAUCAAGGAUCAGAGUCAGCAGAUUAUGAGCUUGAAGUCACGUCUUGGAGCUAUGGAGACGCCAUCAAAGAAAGACAGCCUAAUCAAGCAACAAGCCGAGGAGGUCCGAAGUCUCCAACAGCAGUUGCAGCAAGCAGAACAGGACAAGGAGCGAGAGCUAGAAGAGGCUGAUGGAAUACUUGCAGACUAUGAGGCCGAGCGAGAUCAGCUUCAGAAGCAAGUCGAGUCUUUCCGUGGCAAGGACGAGCAGAUCGUUAGUCUGGAGGAUGAGCUCGAUGAUCUACAAGCGCAACUCCAGCAAGCUAUGGAGCAGCGACAGGCGGACGUGCAGAAGCUGAAACAAGAACUUGAGGCUGCGCGAUCAAGCAGGGGCGACUCUGAAGAACUUCAACGCAAGCUGCAAGAGAUGCAGACAAAGUACGAAGAUCUUGAAGCCGAGCUUGCCGUUCUGGAGGACAGCAACGGUUCCAUGCAGCAGGAGAAGGCAGAUCUUGAAAGUCGGAUUCGUAGCCUCGAGAGUGAGGUCGAGCGAGCAUGGCGCGCUAAAGACAACGGCACGCCAGUACGCGAGCGAGAUGAGCUUCGACGAAAGCUGAGGACUGUUGAAAACGAGCGACAGAAUCUGGCAGUCACAGUCAAGACACUUGAAGCUGAGCUCGACAAUGCUGCCAAGUCACGUACCAAUGGUACGCCAGUACGUGAGCGCAACGAUGCCCGUCAGAAGCUUCGUGAAGCCGAGUCGCGUGCUGCCAAGUUGCAAGACCAGGUAAAGACGCUCGAGGAUGAGCUGGCCUUUGCUCAACAAGAGCGAACUAUCGCAGAAGAGCGCCAAGAUCUGCACGAGAUGCUCAAGCAGUCGAAGCUCGAAGCCGAGCAGUUGUCCAUCAAGCUUGCCAAGCGCGAGAAGCAGGAGACCGCAGCCAAGCGCAAGGAGAAUGAGCUUCAAAGCCAGCUGCAGAAUGCUCAUGCUGAGAUUGAGGAUCUUCAAGCCCAAAUUGCUGAGAUGGAGAACCAGACCGCGGCUUUCACGACUAAGCAGCAAGAUCACCGCGGUACUGCUCGAGAGCUUCGAAAUGCAAAGGCCCGGCUUGAAGAGUUGCAACUUCAGAUCCAAGACCGACAAGGCAGCUCGUCGGGACACGCCAGACGAGAAGCAGAACUACGCGCUCAACUCCGAGACACCAAGGCCGAGCUCGACAAACUACAGCUCGAGGUUGUGGAAAAGGACGACAGACUUCAGAUUCUCCAGCGUAAGGAACACGACCUCCGCGAACGUCUUGGAAAGGCGCGAGCAGACGAGACUUUUGAUCUCAACAAGCAAGACCUCCAAGCACAGCUGGAUGACGCCGAAGUCGAGCUCCAAGCCUUGCAAUCACAACUCGUGGACCGCAGCAGACUCCUUCAAGCUUCGAGCGAGCGAGAGAAAGAGCUCCGCAACAAACUGAAGAGUGUUCGCUCUGCUGACCAUGCGAUGAGCGCCGACCAGUUCCAGAAGAUGCAGAAUGUCGAGACGAGGCAUCAAGCGGAGCUGAAGGGUUUGGCGAAGCAGAUCCAGUACCUCCGCGCCAAAUGCACGAGAGAAGAAACGUUCCGAGCCGAUCUUGUAUUUGUGAAGAAGUGGUUCCUGAUGCAGGUUGGGAUGUACAAUGCCUGCAACAAAGCCGAUAUCCGCCUCCUGGAAGAAAUCGGCGUGACGCCGGAUAUGUCGUUCCGAGAGAAGAAGCACUCGUUGCGCACCGUUGGUUUGAUGGUUGUGGCGAGUGUGAGGAUGAAGAAGUUACAGGAGCAGUGGGCGCCGCAGAAGAAGUUGAAUGAGGUGCUUUUGAAGAAAUUGGAGGGAAUGAGGAGGGAGCGGAAGGUUUUCAGUGGGAAGGCUGGGCGGUGA